AUGGGGGGUGAAGUUUUGAAGGCACCCGUGGGGGGUGAAGCAUUGAAGGGACCCGCGGGGGGUGAAGAUUUGUUAGUACUCGUGAAGGGUGAAGUGUUGAAGGCACUUGCGAGUGGUGGAGUUUCGAUGGCACCCGCGGGGGGUGAAGUGUUGAAGGCUCCCGUGGGAGGUGGAGUGUUGAAGGCACCCACGGGGGGUGGAGAGUUGAUGGUACCCGCAGGGGGUGAAGAGUUGAAGGCACCCACGGGGGGUGGAGAGUUGAUGGUACCCGCGGGGGGUGGAGAGUUGACGGGAGAGAGUGACCGGCCAGCUGCCUUUUCUUUGGCGACACUCUCUGUCAAAAGGGAGGAGAAGGAAGAGGUGUUCCUUGGUUUUCUUCAAGCCUUGCUUGAAGAGAUGGAGGUGACCUCUUUAAAGGAACCACCACCGUGA